AUGGGUGUACCGGCGUUCUUCCGUUGGCUUACGAAGAAAUAUCCGUCCAUAAUAGUGAACGCGAACGAAGAUCGCCAAAAGAGCGCUGACGGCACUCGAAUACCAGUUGACGCUACAAAGCCCAAUCCCAAUUUCCAGGAGUUCGACAACCUCUACCUAGACAUGAAUGGCAUUAUUCACCCCUGUACUCAUCCAGAAGAUCGACCACCGCCUGCCAACGAGGACGAGAUGUUUGCUCUCAUCUUUGAAUACAUCGAUAGGAUUUUUUCCAUUGUUCGCCCUCGAAAGCUCUUAUAUAUGGCUAUCGAUGGAGUCGCUCCCAGGGCGAAAAUGAAUCAACAGCGUAGCCGUCGUUUUCGAGCCUCUAAAGAAGCCUGGGAGAAGCAGGCUUCGAUUGAAGAGCAAAGGCGACGUUUAGAGGAAGAAGGAGUUCCUGUUCCUCCGAAAAAAGAAAAUCAAACUCAUUUUGAUAGCAACUGUAUCACUCCUGGAACUCCGUUUAUGGCGAGACUGGCUGAUGCGUUGCGAUAUUACAUUCACGACAGGAUUACCACCGAUCCGGCUUGGGCAAAGAUUCAAGUAAUUCUUUCUGAUGCGAAUGUUCCUGGAGAAGGUGAGCAUAAAAUCAUGGAUUUUAUUCGUAAACAACGUUCAAAUCCUGCACACAAUCCGAAUACUGUGCACUGCUUAUGUGGUGCUGACGCAGACCUCAUUAUGUUAGGAUUGGCUACUCACGAAGCCAACUUCAAUAUUAUUCGAGAAGAGUUUGUUGCUCAUCAACAACGUCCGUGUGAACUAUGUGGACAAUAUGGACACGAGCUAAAGAAUUGCAGAGGUCUUGAAAACGAAGAAAAAGGGCCUGAGCAAGCUGACCCAAUAUCUAAGGAGAAGAACUUUAUCUUCCUACGCAUUCCUGUUUUGCGGGAAUAUUUGGAGAGAGAACUGGUUAUGGAGAAUCUUCCUUUCAAGUACGACUUCGAGCGUGUAAUCGACGACUGGGUUUUCCUCUGUUUUUUCGUUGGAAACGAUUUUCUCCCCCAUCUCCCAUCUUUGGAGAUUCGCGAGGGUGCCAUAGAUCGUCUAGUCAAGUUGUAUAAGGACAUGGUAUACAGUAUGAAAGGGUAUUUAACCAAAGAUGGAGGCGUUUACAUGGAUCGAGUUGAACGGAUAAUGCUCGGACUAGGAGAGGUCGAAGAUGAAAUAUUUAAACGUCGCCAGCAAGAAGAUGAGCGCUACAAGGCGAUUCAGAAAGCGAAAAAAGCACGACUGAGUGGAGGUUCACGCCCUCUUGCUCCAUCUUAUGUCCCACAACCCGAGUCUUUGAUCGCACCUGAGAAAAAGGCAACUCCAUUAAGUGGAGAAGCAACGCGUUCACUUGCUGCAUCUGCUCGUAUCGAGGCAAUGAAAUAUUCUGAAAACGAUGAAGCAGCUCGACGUCUAAAAGCGCUGCUUAAGGAAGAGGGAAGUACUUCCGUUGAUGGUGGCAACAGCAGUAGGAAGAGGAAGACAGAUGCUCCUUUGGAUCUUGAUAGUGAUCAAGAUUGUGUCGAUGAGAUCCGUUUAUUUGAAUCCGGCUGGAAAGAUCGUUACUAUCGAGCGAAGUUUGAUGUUGGAGAAGAAGACGUAGGAUUUAGAAGAAAAGUGGCAUGGGCUUACGUUGAAGGACUUUGCUGGGUACUCAAGUAUUAUUAUCAGGGUUGUGUUAGCUGGGACUGGUAUUUUCCAUAUCAUUAUGCUCCAUUUGCGAGUGAUUUCGACACAGUUUCACAGUUCAAACCCGAUUUCUGUCGUGAAACUAAACCAUUCAAGCCACUGGAGCAGCUAAUGAGUGUUUUCCCUGCGGCUAGCAAGCAACAUCUUCCACUCCAGUGGCAGAAACUAAUGACCGAUGAUGAUUCUCCAAUUAUUGAUUUAUACCCCAUUGAUUUCCGUAUCGACCUUAAUGGAAAGAAGUUUGCCUGGCAGGGUGUUGCACUCUUACCUUUUGUUGACGAAGUUCGACUUCUCAGAACACUUAAAUCGGUGUAUACAUUAACUGAAGAAGAAUUAGCGCGCAAUACCGUUGGUCCUAAUCGUAUAUUUAUUGGUAGGGAACAUCCUGCUUUCGAUUUCUUUAAAGAACUCUAUACAGAUGAUGCUGUAAAAUCUGUUGAUAUCGAUCCAGCUUUUACAUAUGGCGUUUCCGGAAGAAUUACAACUGAUUCGACAGCAAUUGCUCCAAAUCAACCUUUUCCUUCUCCUGUUAAAGAUAAAUCAUGUCCUGAUCUGCCUGUCAAUGGUGCGAUUAUGGUUAUCUAUGAGGAUCCUCAUUAUCCCGAAGGAUUCAUUUUUCCGGCCAAACGACUAGAAAAUGCACAAGAAAUACCUCGAGCUCUUCGUGACUUCAGUGAUCGUCGAAGUGGUUCCGAUUACCGUCCACAAAUAGGGUUCACUAGAGACGUACCCGGAAGAGCGUUUCUGGAUAAUUCUGCUCAUCGAUUUGUUCAGCAUGGCGUACCUUUCGAUACUCGUCCGUACGGUGGGUCCCACAAAGGCUUAUUUUUAGGGGUGUUCAGUGCAGGGGUGUACAAUCGUGGUGGUUAUGGAAGAGGAUGCUACCACUACAAUUCUUAUGGAACACCACCCCAUGGGAACUACAAUGGGCCUUUCAACAAUCAAAGAGGAUUUACUAAUACUGGCUAUGGUAACUGGACGCCUAACGAGCCCUCAAGAGGGCGCGGUGGUUAUUUCGGUCGCGGUGGUCAUCAGGAGUGGCGUUAA